AUGUUUCUGUCCUACCUAAGUAAGGCAUUGCACUUUGUUUGGCCUGCCGCGGCCGCGCGCGUUUGGCAGGUGUCAACAGCCAACAGUACCAAGUACCGCACACUGCCAACUGCCAACUGCCAACCACAUACCUACCUACUACCCAAGGACCGCAUCACUUCUCCCAUCCAUGCCCGUUUGGUCAUGGCAUCCAAAGCAAACACACCCCAGUACCCUCCGUCCAUCAACCCGCCACUUCUGCCGCUCUCCGAGAGCGCCUUUGGCAGACCCCUACCUGCGAGCUCGACUUUUCACAGCCUGAUGCACAAUGGCCGCCCUCUGUUCAGCAGUCAUACCUGGACCUCGACUAGCGGCGACCUCGGUCUGCUCAAAGAUGCCGACGAGGUCGAAGACCGGGCCAUAUUUGUGCAGGAAUACAAUCGCUUGGCCAAAAAGGUUGUUGGAGCCUUAUUCGACUACUACUGCCACAUGGAUAAGAGCGGUGCCGAUAUUUCCGGAACCGUACGAUCAGCAACAUUGCCACUACAUAUUCAUUACUCAGCUCACGAUGUCGCGUCAACAUUGAAGAGACUUUUGUCAACAUUGCCCGGUGGCAUACUCGGCUCUCUUCUACUAUUUGACUCGUUCAUAGCUAUCCAAUCACAGCUAAAUGCGGAACCCGAGUUUCCACGAACCAAUCAAACCAAGGUCAGAGCAAGAUUGAUCGCACUAGCCAUUGGGACAAUCGAAUCGCAAUACCGAAGAGAGUUGAUAUGUGCAAUAUUCGGGCUGCUCAGCAUGAUUGGUCGCAUUGCGGAGGUGGCCCCAAGAGAAGACGAGUCUGGCUUGCCACUGCCGACAACAGACCUGAUGGGUUAUGGUGCGCUCAGCAUUUGCUUUGGACCGCUACUUAUUGGCGACUUGCUCGCAUCAUACACAAUGAAGAUCGCCGCUCUAGACUCAGGUCUUAUCCUCCUGCCACCAGCUACGCAGCAAAUUCGCAAGGACACGCGAAAGAACAGGCCCGGAAGUAGCAUCAAGAACGUUCAGCCGGCCGUUGACAAGAUCCUCAUUGCAAAUAGAGUGACAGAAAUGCUGAUUUCGAAUUGGAGAGACAUUGUUCGGCAGAUGAAGUCACUCGGCACUCACAGAAGAAGACAUACGUCUGGCGGCAGCUUCAGCAGACCGUCACUUCGGCCGUCCGCUUCGGAAGCCUUUUUGACAAAAAUCCCAAGUGAUUUCCCUCAAAUAAGACCAAGCUCGGCGGUUGUUACUAGAAACACGACAGAAGAUGCCGAUUUUGGGUUUGCCGCCCUGAACAAGCCCCCAAUCCCAGCGAAACGAGCUUCCGGCUUUCUGAGGCAAAAGGCUAGCGUUAACACUCUGAGCCCUACUAUAGAAGAGAGCCCCAAGAAUGCGCGCGUCAGAAAUGAAGCCGUAAUUGAAGAGGAAACCGGGCCUGGCAAGCACUUUAUGACCCCAGAUGCAGAAGCAAAGCCCAAAGCAAACCGAUCAACCAUGACUGAAGGAACCCAAACAGAGAUGGGAUCUCCCGUGAAAAGGAAGAGGUUCACAGUUCCACCCAGACUAUCGUCAAUUGAUUCGCUAAACCAGCCUCGACCGGAAGCUGCUGAUGGAGGCCAAAUCCACCCGAGUAGCAAGGAUCAAGUGCUAGGAAAAGACGAAACCAGACCGCCCCCAAAACGAGAACCUAACAGGCGUGUAAAUUCAGGACAAGACACCCCUCCUCAGUUCUAUUCACCUGCCAUGUCAGCCCCGGUAUCUGGUGAAAUGUCUCAAGAGACCCCUAGCGGGACAAAGACAGAAAAUAUCGAAAUGUUCCCUGGCAGUGCACAGGGGACCAAGGCUGUACCACCUAGGAUGAGCGGGGCGCAAUCUCCAGCGACAGAUUCAAAGUACCAACUGAAGCGAUACAAACGAAAGAAUUACGAACCUCUGACUGGUAGCCCGAUCAAAGGUAGAGGUACGCCCAGCCCUGGGGAAGACGUCGCUCAUGGCUUUGGAAUGGUCAGUACGCCGAGCGAUAUUGAAAGCGGAAGUGGUAUGCCAAAGACUGGCAAAGGCAGCCAUCCAAACAGUCCAGUCAAGACCAAUCCGAGGAAGCUAAAACGAUCGAGAAGUGGCCCACUGGCAGACUCGACUACACGAAAGUAUGAUGACGUGUUUAAGCCGAAUCAGUGUGCCCCAGUGGUAGUUUGGAGAAACGGCGUCCUGCAGAAAAGCCCUCAGGCCAAGGUGCUACGUUCCUCUGUAAGUGACGGGGUUUCAUUGAGAGCGUCGGCGAUAAAGAGCCUGAUCAAUGCCGGCAAAAGUCGAAUCAAACACUCUCAGGCUAGCAGCGACAAGAAACGUGGACCGUACAACGACCAUGAAGAGCCCGAUUCAUGGGCCACGUGCUGUCAGGAAGGUUUGCCUAUGUAUAAGAGGCCAGAGUCCAUCAUUCGGCACUUGAAUGUGUGUCACGGAUACAAGUUAUCGCCCGAGUUGCAUCCGGAUUCCGAGGCGGGAACAGAAGAUAAGCGACGAGACGAAACGUGCAAACUGAGACAAGAUGUUGGCAUGUGGCGGCGCAGGGCUGAAUCUGCUGAGAAAAGAGUUCUAGUAUUUGAGAGGUUCACCGAGCGGCUAAAGGGUAUUCGUGAUGCGGCGAUUGCAUCGGAGCAACCUGGAUGGCAAGAAAGCGAGCAGCAGGGCGACGCAUCAGCGAGCGGCCUCAAGUUGGAUAAUGAGUAUGUGGCUGCAGCUGCUCGGGUCCGAUUUGCCACGGUGGAUGGCAAGGAAGAACAGGCUACUCCCGGGGAGACCGUUCCGGAACAGAGGAAUGAUGGGCCCCGUACAAGUGCGGAGAGCAGACGAAGCAAAACUUGUACAGAGUGUGGCGAGGAGCCAAAAUUGGGUAGGCGAGCCCCUGUAGGCCAGCAGGAGGGUGGACUGCGUCCGAGACCGGCCAGCAUUGACGAAGUAGCUGAGCUGUGGAUGGCAGCCAAGGAACUGCUUGAUAUGGACAGGAAUGAGGACACUUGA